AUGCAUGAAGCCGGAACACUUGGAACAAAAAAUCCACGAGCUCUUCUCCACUCCAUGUGGUUUAUAUGUACCACAUACUUCGGUAUGAGAACCGGUAAAGAAAUCCAUCAACUUUGCUGGGGUGAUGUAAAACUCAGUUUGGAUGAAGUCAGUGGCACUGAAUACAUAAUCCUCGACACAGAAAGACAAACCAAGACCAAAACUGGGGAAAAUCCCAGAAAUAUACGGGCUGUGAAACCAAGGGCUUAUGAAAACCAAGAGAAUCCAGAGAGCAAUCCUGUAUAUAUUUACAAGGUUUUCGCUUCUAAAAGGCCAGUUGAGAUGUGCACUGAUGACAGUCCAUUUUUCUUAACACCUGGAACUAAGGCUACCAAAUGUUGGUUUAAGAAGUGUGCCAUGGGUAUCAACUCCAUAUACAAUAUCAUGAAUGAAAUGAAAAAAGAUGCAGGAAUUGAUAACCCUAGAAUCACACCAUACAUUUCAAGAAAGCGACUUAUUCAGAAAUUCAGUCAUGAUGGUGUUCCAGCAAACCAAAUAAUGCAGAUAUCAGGGCAUAAGCAUGUAAAUAGUAUCAAUAACUACAGUAAACUUAACCCAGAUCAAAGCAGACAAAUAUCAGACAUCCUGUCCAACAAAUCUACAUGUACCAAUGCAAUCAGUUUUGGUCAUCACACACCUAGCCCAGCAUCAUCAAAUAUUGAAAGUCCACGCCAGAGGCCAUUUAAACGAAUUAGAUAUGUUGUAGAUAGUGACAGUGACUGA